UGCAUUUUUCUACCCUCUCGGUGGAGAGGAAAAAAAAAAAAAAAAACAAAAAAGAAAAAAAACAGAGCGCAAAAGCCCAGCAUCAGACCAACUUCAAAACCCUAACGCCAUCUCAAUAGAAAAACAGAAAACCCUAGCAAAUUCCCACUUCAAUGGCGUCUCUGUUACAGAAUUAGGGUUUAUCGCCAUGGCUGAAUCUGCUCAGAAAUCCCUCGUUGACAUUGGAAAGCGACUCUCGCAAUCCCGUCUGAACAAGGAUUCUCUGGUGAAAUUGCUAAGGCAAGCUGCAGGUGCUUUAUCAGAAUUAAGUCAGUCUCGUUCACUACAGCGAGCAAUAGAGCCUUUAAAUGAGUCUCUUUUUCGGCAUAAGUUGCUUCAGCAUAAAGAUAAAGAUGUCAGACUUCUCGUGGCGGUCUGUUUCAGUGAAAUUAUUCGGGUCCUGGCACCUGAUCCACCUUACGAUGAUGAGACCUUAAAGGACAUUUUUAAACUCAUCAUCAGUAUGUUUGCUGAACUGUCUGAUACGACAAGUCCGUAUUUCACAAGGAGGGUCAAAAUGUUGGAGACUGCUGCUGCAUUGAAAUGGUGUCUGCCAAUGUUGGACAUCUGUGAAGAUCUAGUUUUGGAAAUGUUCAAUGUUUUCUUCUCUUGUGUGAGGGAAGACCAUCCACAGAGUUUGAUUCAGGCUAUGUUAUCGAUAAUGACACAAGUUCUAGAGGAGAAAGUUUCUCAUCCUGUCUUGGAUGUGAUUUUACGGAAUCUUCUGAAGGAGGAAAAGGGAGUGCCUCCAGCAUCCUUUAGGCUUGCUGUUUCCGUCAUUCAAAAUUGCACAGAAAAGAUUGAGCCCUUUGUUAGAGUUUUUUUAACAUCUUCCAUUUUGGAAAAGGAUGCUAUAGGGAGUGAACUUAGAGAGUAUUAUCAUGAAAUUAUUUUUGAAAUAUUUCAGUGUGCCCCUCAAAUGUUACUUGCCGUCAUCCCAAACUUGACUCAAGAACUACUGACUGAUCAGGUUGAUGUUCGGAUAAAGGCAGUUCAUUUAGUUGGAAAGCUUUUUGCACUGCCUGGUCACCAUUUUGCACAUGAAUAUCGCCAACUCUUUGUAGAGUUUUUGAAAAGAUUCUCUGACAAGUCAGCAGAAGUUAGAGUUAGUGCAGUAGAAUGUUCUAAAGCUUGCUACAUGGCCAACCCCUCUGGAACUGAAGCUAUUGAACUUCUCACUGCUCUUGAAGGACGGCUGUUAGAUUUUGAUGAUAAAGUUAGAACACAAGCAGUGAAUGCAGUCUGUGAUCUUGCUAAAUCUAACCUGAGAUACAUUCAGCCUGAAUUAAUCUUGCAAGCUAUGGAACGACUUCGGGACAAGAAGGUAUCUGUAAGAAGGAAUGCCAUGCAAAAGCUGCUAGAGCUGUAUCGAUCUUAUUGCUCCAAGUGCUCUGAGGGUCUUCUCACACAUAGCGAUCACUUGGAACAGAUUCCGUGUAGAAUUUUGGCACUUUGCUAUGACAAAGAUUGUAAGGAUUUCAGACCCCAAAACAUGGAGCUUGUGCUUGCAGAGGAUUUAUUCCCUUCUACCCUUUCUGUUGAGGAGAAGACCAAGCACUGGAUUUCUUUGUUCUCAUUUUUCACAACACCUCACAUAAAGGCAUUGAAUUCCAUCUUAUCUCAGAAACAGAGGUUACAGAUGGAGAUGCAGGUGUAUUUAGAUCUUCGAAGAAAACAAAAGGAGAAUAGCUCAGAAGAACUGCAAAAGAGAAGUUUAGCUUCAUUUGUGAAAAUGUCAGCUUCGUUUGUUGAUCCUUCCAAAGCGGAGGAGAGCUUUCAAAAGUUGCACCAGAUGAAAGAUAACAGCAUUUUCAAGGCAUUGCUGCAAUUGAUUGAUGAACGGACAACUUUACAAACUGCUCAAACCGUUCGAGAUACGUUUCUCAAAAGAAUAGGGAAUAAGCAUCCGCAUUAUGAAUUUUUGAGAAUACUCUCAGCGAAGUGCACAUAUACCAUAUUUAGUGCAGAGCAUGUGCAAUGUAUUCUGUUAGGUUUUUUAUCUGAGAAAGGUGCUGAAAAGAGAAAUUUGCAGACCAUUGGCAUCAAUCUUCUUCUGACAAUCGUAAACAUUUUUCCGUCAUUGCUGAGAGGAUCAGAAGAACAUUUACUGAGGUUGUUCUCAGAGGGUUACUCACUAAAUGGAAAACUACUCCAGAUGUUAGCGAAGGCAGGCCCUCAUAUUUCUAUGAAACUCAGAGAUGUCUACCCAUCAUUGGAGAGGAUAUGUUUGGAGGGAACACGUUUGCAAUCAAAAUAUUCUGUUUCUGCAAUUUCUGCAUUAUCUGAUGCUUCAAAUCAAUUGGCUUUCUCAGAUUUAUAUGAGAAACUAGUGGAUUCUCUUCUUGCUGCACGGAAUGUCUCAACCGUUUUGCAGUCUCUGGGCUAUAUUGCACAAUAUUCUGGACCUUUGUACGAGUCUCGAGAGGAAGAGAUUACACAAUUUAUCAUUCAAAAGCUUUUUCAAACCACAGAUGUUCAAUCAUCUAGUGAGCUGACUUACGUCGAUGAUGGCUUUGAAUGCAGCACCUCUUGCAAACUAAAGGUUUAUGGGCUAAAAACACUCGUCAGAAGUUUUUUGCCACAUCAAGGAACUCGUGUUAGACAUCAGAUUGCGGAGCUGCUGAAAAUUUUGUUAAGGCUUCUUCCAGAAGGUGGCAUUUCAGAUGGUUUUGUCUCCAGUGAAAGUGACACGGCUCAUGUCAGAUUAGCUGCUGCAAAGUCUGUCCUCCGGCUUGCUAGAAGAUGGGAUUUGCAUAUUUCACCCAAUAUUUUUCAUAUAACAGUUCUGAAGGCCAGGGAUCCUUCAUCUCAUGUGCGCCGAUCUUUUCUUGAUAAAAUACAUAAGCUUUUGAAGGAACAUGCUAUUCCUACAAAAUAUGCUUGUUCUUUUGCAUUGGCUGCUUCAGAUUGCCUGAAAGAAAUACGAGAUGAUUCCAUGAAGUAUCUAGCUGAGUUUAUUAAGGAGUACGGUCGCGAAGCUCGAAUCCGACAAAACUGUGCAGCACAUGAUUCAGGAGAAACGAUGACAAAUUACCCUGAAUAUGUCGUUGUAUUCCUAGUCCAUGUUCUUGCUCACGAUCUAGGCUUCCCUUCUGAGAACUGUCCAGACGAAGAUGCUUAUGCUAGGUUUUGCAGCCCACUUGUUGUGAUCUUAAAAGCACUAGUCAAUCCUGCGUCUGUUGAGGGCAAUAAAAGUGAUCUCAGUGAAACUGUAUCAUAUUUAGUAAGCAUUUUCCGGGCUAUUAAAAAGGCUGAGGAUGCUGUUGAUGUUUGUAUGACACCUAAGCUGCAUAUUCUUUCAGACAUUGGUAUGCACAUUGUGAAGGCACUUAGUCAUACUGGCAUACCUUUAUCCCGUACUCCUGGUCGGAUUUUGCUACCAUCGUCAUUCUAUAAAGUUAGCGAUGAUUCCAAAAGUGAGGAGGAAAAUAUGAAGUUCCUUACCAGAUGUUCCAUUGAUGGAAGCUUCGUUGAGAGGAUCCUUCGGACGUUUGAACCUCAUAGUGUUCGGCCUACUAGCCCUAAUUCUAAGCGAGGUAGAAAAGUUCAAGAGGAUUCCAUGCGCUUGAAUCUAAAGACCAAAGCAAAUAACUUGCCAUUACAAGAGCAAACCAUUCCAUUAACGAGCAAAACAACGGAAGAAGGGGAGAAUUCUUAUGCUCUUGGAAAAGAACUUGGGAAAGCAGCAAGGUGGCAACUCAGCAGUAAAGGGAGAAACAAGUCAGCAUUAUCUCCUUCUGAUCCUCAUCAGGGUUCUACUGUAGAUGAUGAUGCAAAUGGAGCACCUAGUGAUGAUAUUGAAACUAACCCAGAGAACAAUAAACUUUCGUCUUCUUGCGGUUCUGUAGCUAUAAAACCAUCACUGUCAGGUUCACAGGUUUCAUCUGAGGUCGAAGUUGUAAACUGCAUCCCAUCAGAGAAGAAUGACUGGAAAAGGACAAAUAGAAGAAUCCCUACUGAACCUACAACACAAGCAAAAAGCAAUCCUGGAAUCCAUCAAAAGGCAAAGGAGCUCGGAGAUACCACUGAGGUGUUACCUGGACAUCGGAUCAAACUCUGGUCCGCAAUUGACAUGUGUUUUUAUUCAGGCACCAUUGAUGAGUUUGAUUCUCAAAACAGCACUCAUAAGGUCAAAUAUGAUAAUGGUGAGGUUGAACGAUUAUGCUUGGAAAAUGAGCAUUGGGAGUUUAUAGGUGAUACACCCUUGGCUGAAAAGGGUGAAAGCAAAUUCCAUUCCAAGGAUUGUGAUCCUGCGACUGGCUCUUCUAUAAGUAGUCUUAAGAAAGCUGUAGAUACUUUCGGACAUAAAGGAGCACAGGGGCGAAAAGCUUUAUCAGAUAAGGGAAAGGGGAAUCCUGAUAAGGAAACAGUUUGUUCUGUUGCAGAUCUUUUAGGGGCAGUAACAGAAAAGAGGAAGCAUCCUGAACAUUCGGUUCCUGUACGCACGACGAGAUCCGCAUCUGAAAUCAUUGCUGAAGAUGCAGCCACUAUGGUUCGUAGAUCUCGAAGACGGAAAUUUUGAGACAUUUAGGUCUUUCCGCCACUAUGUAACUUUAACAGGCACAAAAGAAAGAAAGAAAGAAAGAAAGAAAAAAAAAAGGAAAAGGAAAAAAAGAAAAAGAGUUAGCAGCUUGUAGCUUCAAUUGUAAAGCACUUCUUAUGUUGCCAUUAUGGUGUAACAACCUCUCUCUAAGUGGAUGAAAUUGCAGAUAAAUAAGAAAGUAGAAUAGCUGCUGCGAUUGCAUGCA